UCUGAAGGAAGCUGGUGACUAUUUAAGUCAAAGGUCCCUCAGGCUUGCAACCAAGUCAUUGCCAAGGACUCUAUCAAGGACACUGAAAUGGAAAAACCAGAAGAGCCAGCAGUGACUCUUGGGCAGACCCUGGAAUGGCUGAGGAAAGAGCUGGCUGAGAUGCAGAUCCAAGACCAGCAGCUGCUGCUCUCACUGAGGCACCUGCAGAGCCUCCUGGAGGAACUUCGGGCCGAAAGCACCCACUGGGAGGAUACCAGGCCCAGCAGAAACACAUCACCUUUCCGAGCUAGACUGGGCUCAGAAGGCAGGAGCUGUCAGCCUGUGUCGAGGGAAUUGGCCCAGCUUCUCCAAAGGGAAGAGAGCAGGCGGAGCUCCCUUCCUUAACCGGCCAAAGAGGAUACUCAUCAAAACCCUCCCACCACAAGUAUAAAUUUUGUGUCUGCUGUGUGUCCUUGGAUCUGUUACUUCUUAACUGCCUCUGUCACUUACCUCUGUGUGUGUGUGUGUGUGUGAUAAAUUAUUGGAUGCAUACAUGCUUCAAACGUACAACUCUGUUACAUAGUUUCUAGAAAGUUAUCACCAUGAGUGAUAACCUAUAUUUUAGGAAAUUUUCACAGUAUAAUUGUUAAAGAUUGUGAUGUACAAAGA